AAGAGACCCAGAUCUCCAAGCAGAUCCAAAUCUCCAUCGAUAUCCCAAUCCCCAAAGAGGAGAGUCAAGCGUCAAAAGAUGACCGCAAAGUCUCCAAUGAGAUCCAGAUCGCCAAGGAGAUCCAAAUCUCCAAUGAUAUCCAGAUCUCCAAAGAGGAGAGUCAAGACUCCAAAGAUGAGAGCAAAGUCUCCACUGAGAUCCAGAUCUCCAAGGAGAUCCAAAUCUCCAAUGAGAUCUCGAAAGAGACCCAGAUCUCCAAGCAGAUCCAAAUCUCCAUCGAUAUCCCAAUCUCCAAGGAGAAGAGUCAAGCGUCAAAAGAUGACAGCAAAGUCUCCAAUGAGAUCCAGAUCGCCAAGGAGAUCCAAAUCUCCAAUGAUAUCCAGAUCUCCAAAGAGGAGAGUCAAGACUCCAAAGAUGAGAGCAAAGUCUCCACUGAGAUCCAGAUCUCCAAGGAGAUCCAAAUCUCCAAUGAGAUCUCGAAAGAGACCCAGAUCUCCAAGCAGAUCCAAAUCUCCAUCGAUAUCCCAAUCUCCAAGGAGAAGAGUCAAGCGUCAAAAGAUGACAGCAAAGUCUCCAAUGAGAUCCAGAUCACCAAGGAGAUCCAAAUCUCCAAUGAUAACCAGAUCUCAAAUGAGAUCUCCAAGGAGAUCCAAAUCUCCAAUGAGAUCUCGAAAGAGACCCAGAUCUCCAAGCAGAUCCAAAUCUCCAUCGAUAUCCCAAUCCCCAAAGAGGAGAGUCAAGCGUCUAAAGAUGACAGCAAAGUCUCAAAUGAGAUCCAGAUCGCCAAGGAGAUCCAAAUCUCCAAAGAGGAGAGUCACAACUCCAAAGUCGAGAGGAAAAUCUCCAAGGAGAUCCAAA